ACCAGAAAGAGGAAGAGGAGGAAGCGGCUCAGAGCUGGCAUAUUUGCCCUGGCUCUGCCACUGAGCCUGGGCCCAGGCUGGGCUCUCUGGGCUGCUGUUCCAAAGGCUUCCGCUGUAGUCCGGGGGCCCCAGCGGAGGCUGCUGGGAAGCCUGCUGCAGGAAAAUACUGAAGUCCUCGGCUACCUGCUGGGUGUCAUUGCUGCCUUGGGCGCCUGGGCCUCUCGGAUACCCCCACUCUCCAGAAUCUGCCGGGGGAAGUCAUUCUCCUACAUCCACCUGUGGACACGGCUACUAUCCGCCCUGGCGGGCCUCCUCUACGCCUCAGCCAUCGUGGCCCAUGACCGGCAGCCUGAGUACCUGCUUCGGGCUACACCCUGGUUCCUGACCUCCCUUGGCCGUGCUGCUCUGGACCUUGCUGUAUCCACUCUAGGCCCCAUGGGUGGGGGAGGGAGGAGCUGAUUGCAGCCAGAGGAGGCCGGCCUGUGUCUCACCCCCAUACUCCCUCCUUCCCUCUUGUCGGUAGAACUCUUGAGAGAUGGGGUGGUUUGAAGCCUGGGACAGGCAGACACAAAUGCAAUUAUUUGUGGUUUGGUGCUUUCCCUUUUUAAAACAAGAAGAAUUUAUCUCCUGGUUGGGGCUCUCUGAAACAACAAAGAGGAGUGGCAGGCUCCUGGCCCUGAGGUCAGAAGCCUCAGGUGCCAGGCUCAGUUCAGCUCCCCAGGGGGCAUUUCCUCCUGGAUUGGUGCCACUCUCUCCACUCCCAUGAGCCCUGAUCCUAGCCUUUCUCCCAGCCCUGCAGGCCCUGCUCAGGGAGUUGCUCCCUUUCUGCUCUGCUCUCUGGAGCUAGAGCCUGUGGUGCAGGAGCAAGGAUCAAAGCUGACAAAUGCUGCAUCUGUUGGUGACUGCAGAGCACCUUUCUGGUUCUCCCAGGUGUGCCUGAUGUGCUGGUACCCAGGUGACCUUGUCAUGAGCGCUUCAAGGGCAAGCUAAACUCGGGCAGUGGACUGCAGGUUUGCUGGGGAC